CACUUAGUGAGGGUCUCUACAAGUGCAAGAGUUUGACAGUUGCCACAUUGGUCCACCGUGAACUAGAGAAAACUCUUCCACCCACAAUGACGUGUGAUAUUGAGUCUACACAAUUAGGCCUCUUUGGUGAUGGGUUCAUCAAUUACAUUCCUAAAGAUGAACGUCACCGAAGAAAGACUUUUGUUACAUCAAGCGAAGACAAUAGCUGCCUCUAUCGAUCCAUUAGCCAAAUGAUGUAUGGGCAUGAUCGCACCUACCAUGCCCUGAGAGUUUGCUCUACAACAUGGGGUGCAGCUCAUUAAGAUGAACUCGUUACCAAGAUCUGUAGUGGCCUAGAAUCGUUGGAAGAUGUCCUUAGCUGGGCUACUACAAAUGCCAGCAGUUGCAGUAUCCCAAUAUACAGG